UGAAGUUCAAGUGUGGGUUUUUCUUACGGUCGCAAUCGCCCGGAUCAGUUCCAAUGAAGUGGGACAUUUGGGCAGGUCGGAACGGGCAGCCCUCAAAUUUCCGCUGAUGUCCUCAAAUGGGAUCUUGCUAGCCAUUGCCAUUCCGUUGGAAGUCCCGGGCCGGAACAUUUACCUGUCGCACAACUUCGAGAUGAACUACGGCCUUCCGACCAAUGUAACGCAGUUCCGGUUGUGGUACACCCUGUUCAAGGACACCCGGUACAACAUUCCGGAAGCCAUUCGCAGGAAACGGCGGAUGGUGGACCAGAGUCGAUUUAGCCGCUCGUUUUUCUAUCGGCUGCUGGCCGAACGAAUGGAUAUGUACGGAUACAACGGAACGGCCUGCAUCCACAAAAGCAUCUGUGAAGCUCCGGAAAUGAGACUACAUGAGCAUAACGGCGUUCUGGGGGACAUUAUGCAUGUGGCCUUUACCCCAUCGGCUUCCGAGGUCGAAAGCUUGCCGAGUUCCUACCGGGAGGCGGAAAUCAACGGAAUGAGGUCCGAUUGCACCAAGUAUCAACAACACUGUCCCUUAGGCUUAUUCGAUCUCAUAUCACAGGUGAUUUAG